CAACUGGACCAGCAAAAGGUUAAGAUGUUUCAAAUCAUCUCCGUGAUAGUUUUGCUGAAUUUAAGCACAGUGUUGUGUGAUACAAGUGCUACAUUGGCCCCCCUACUAAGUCAUGACGAAGUGCAUGGAUUUCCUUUUGAAAUGAUCAUGACAAGACUGCAGCAGUUGGAGCACCACAUCAUUGAAAAGGAUCUACAAUCUGAUGCAAGGAUCACCAGCCUUGUUAGCGCAGUGGAUAAUCUCGUUGUGUCAGUCGACAGGCUGAAUUGGGUAGCACAGCAAAGUGCUCGUACGAUCAAUGAGCUAGGUUUCAACGGAAAAGUAAUUGCACAGAAUCUUACCGCCUUGCAACGAGAUGUGAGAGAUCUGCUGGCAAGACAGCAAACGCUUAUCACACGCCAAGAGCUCAGCCAACUCGCUCUACAAGGACGAUGCAACGCCACGUUCAAUGGAGCUGGAAGAAAAUAUACAUCCUGCAAGACAUUACCAUUCCGCACGUCCGGAGUGUAUCAGAUUCAUCCGGAAAAAUCGUUCAAAGAACCGAUGACGGUGUUGUGCGAUCAAGAGUACGAUUCCGGUGGCUGGGUAGUCAUUCAGCACCGUUUCGAUGGAUCGACCAAUUUCUAUCGUGAUUGGAAGGAGUACAAGAAUGGGUUUGGUGAUCUAGAGGGUGAGUUUUGGCUUGGACUUGAUCGUAUUCAUCAGCUGACCACUUCGAAGCCACAUGAGCUGGUGGUGCUUUUGGAGGACUUUGAUGGUAACAAGACGUUCGCCAAGUACAAUCUGUUCGAGAUCGGAGGAGAAAGUCAACAAUACACGAUGACCAAGCUAUCAGGUUUCACGGGAACCGCCGGAGAUUCCUUAAGCGAUAAGCUAGGAAAGAAAUUUACAACUCUCGAUGCAGACAAUGAUACUUGGGACAAAAACUGUGCCGUCGAAUAUACCGGCGCUUGGUGGUACACGGCGUGCCAUGGCAGUAAUUUGAAUGGCCUGUAUCUACGCGGAGAGACGAAGAUAUUUGCCAAGGGAAUGGUGUGGAAGGCUUUCCGAGGAUAUCAUCACUCUUUAAAAUCCUCAAAAAUGAUGAUUAGACCUACCUCUUAGUGAAGUUGAUCAGAGCCACGUGCGCUUAUAGGCGAUUUGGUGACAGCCUAUUUUUAGACAGAUAAUUUAAAUGCCACGAACGAUAAAUGAAUUAAAUAAUGGACUACCAAAUAAAAGAUCUAUUACAAUAAAAAAAACUGAAUCCAUUCGCA